UGUCUCUCUCUCUCUGUCUCUCUGUCUCAGUGGUGAUCUGAAGUCCCACCUGGUCCUCCUCAGUAAGACAGCUGAUUCUAUCUGUGAUGGAGACCUGGUGGACAGACAGAUACGUUCCAAACAGGCCUGGUCUCUACUGCCCACACAGGCGAUCUAUUCCAGUGUGUUACCAGGAGAGUUGAUGCGUGGCUAUAUGAACUGCUUCCCCUCGUUUCCCUCCUGGCUGGGAAAGUUUUCCUCCUCCAAUAAACACUCUCGGAUCAUUCAGGAGCUGGCCUCUCACAUGAGCCUCAAGACAUUAAGUAGCAGACAGGCGGUGAGCCUGGACUACCUCCCGUACCUCCGCAUGGCCCUGUUGUGUCCUCUUCAGAGGCAGGGGGCGGAGGGGGCCGGUCAGGCCGUCCAGCUGUUAGAUGACUAUCACCUGGUCCGAGAGGAUGUGGACAGCCUCAUGGAGAUCAGCCUCUGGGGGGGCCAGCCUGACCCCUACGCUAAACUAGACCCCAAGGUGAAGUCAGCGUUCACGAGGGCCUAUAACCGGGAGUCCCACCUGACACCCUACUCCCUCCAACCAAUCAAGAAGGGCCGUCGUGGCGGGGGAGUGGAGGCAGAACUGGGAGGAGAGGGGCAAGAGGAACAGCCUGAGGAAGAGGAGGAGGAAGAAGGUGUUGCAGCUGACGCCAUGAUCAAAAAGAAGGCCAAGCCCUCCAAGGAGCCCAAGAAGGACAAGACAACAGCCGGGGAUUCUGGGAAGGGAAAGGGCAAAGGCAAGGGCAAAGCCAGGAAGUGACCCCUAACCUCUGAGACAACCAACCCCCCCUCCCAGCCCAACAAACCUCUUCUCUCACCCGCUGAAGAACAAACCCCUAAACUGUGUGACGACCACCUACCUGGUCUUUAUCAACGGAGUGAGCUGAGACAAAAACCUGGCUCUCCUCUUGAACCCUUUAUAAACUUAGGUGUGCAUCCCAAAGGGGACCCUAUAUAGUGCACUACUUUUGACCAGAGUCCUAUAGGCCCUGGUCAAAAGUAGUGCACUAUGUAGGGAAUAGGGUCCCCUUUGGGAUUACCCUAUAUCAUGUUAGCGCUGUGGAUUUGGAAAGGUCUGAAUGAUGACUGUGUGUGUGUGUGUGUCAUGUAAAUAUGUACCUUGUAGUAUAUAAAGAUGCAGUAGUUUUCUAGUGCUCAUGGGAUACGGCACCUAUCUCGUCUAAACCGCCGCGACCAACCGAUGGAUCAGAGGACGGCAAAAUAGUUCUGUUUUUCUGUUGUUGUUGUUGUUGUUGUAAAGAUAUUCACUGAUAAACGACGUCUGUGUUUAUGGUA